AUGCGUCGUGGUUUCCCGAUCCGCGUGCAGCCGAGCAUCUUGAAACGGAUGAUGACUUCGCGCGCCAAGACCCUGACCUUGGACACGAUUAAUCCGCAUGCCGUAAACGUCGAGUACGCCGUGCGCGGCGAAAUGCCGAUCCAGGCUGCCAAGUACGAGCAGGAGCUCGAGGAGGGCAAGGGCAAGCUGCCGUUCGACUCGAUCGUCUGGGCGAAUAUCGGCAACCCCCAGCAGCUCCCGAACCUUGCGCAGCCUCCGCUGACCUUUUGGCGCCAGGUCGCUGCGCUGACCGAGUACCCCGCGCUGCUCGACGCUCCGAAAGAGACGCGCGACGCACUCUUUCCGACCGAUGCGCAGGAGCGCGCGCGCGAGCUGCUUGGCGCGUUCGGCAGUGUCGGUGCAUACACGACGUCGAAAGGUGUGGCGCUUGUGCGCAAGCACGUUGCCGAGUUCCUCGAGCGCCGCGACGGAUACCCCGAGGACAUUGAGAACAUUUACCUGUCGGCGGGCGCUUCGCAGGGCAUUCUGACCCUCUUCCAGGUCUUUUUCCGGUCCGGCGAGGACGGUGUGCUGAUCCCCAUCCCGCAAUACCCUCUGUACACCGCUGCGCUCGCCUUGUACAAUCUCGAGCCGAUCCACUACACGCUGAACCCCAGCGAGCACUGGGAGCCGUCGAUGAAAGACGUCCACGCCCAGGUGGUUGCUGCGCGCGAGAAGGGCAUCAAGCCGCGCGCCAUCAUCGUCAUCAACCCCGGCAACCCCACUGGUGCGUGCAUGUCCAAGGAGCAAAUCCACGAGGUAAUCCGCGAGGCCUACCGGGAGAAGCUCGUCAUCUUUGCCGACGAGGUGUACCAGAAGAAUAUUUAUCAGUCCGAGUACCCUUUUAUCUCCUUCCGCAAGGCGCUGCUGGACAUGGGCAAGAGCAGUAAUGAGGAGGACCGCCUGAUCAGCGAGACCGUCGAGCUCAUCUCGCUGCACAGCAUCAGCAAGGGCAUGAGCGGCGAGUGCGGCCGCCGUGGUGGCUACUUCCAGCUCACCAACAUCGACCCCGAUGUCGAGGCGCAGGUGAACAAGCUCGUGAGCGUGUCGCUGUGCCCCCCUGCGCAGGGCCAGAUCGGUGUGGACAUGCUCGUGAACCCCCCACGGGAAGGCGAGCCGAGCUACGACCUGUGGCACGAGCAGACCACGUCGAUCCACGACACGCUCCAGCGCCGCUCGGAGAAGAUGGCGGAGAAGUUCAGCAAGCUGCCCGGCGUCGAGAUCAUGCCGUCGAUGGGCGCCAUGUACCUCUUCCCCCAGCUGCACCUCUCCAAGGCUGCAUGGGAGCACGCCAAGUCGCUCGGCAAGAAGAUCGACGAGCUGUACUGCCGCGAGCUGCUCGAUGCGACCGGCAUCUGUGUCGUUCCCGGCUCGGGCUUUGGCCGCGAGCCGGAGCUGCAGGAUGACGGCACAAGUUUCUCCUAUUUCCGCACUACGGUGCUUGCCAAGGCGACGGACGAGUUCAUCGACCGCUACGGCAAGUUCCACCUCGAUUUUAUCAAGCGGUACCAGGACCGUUCGUAG